AUGUUUCUAAAAUACUGCAUUCUAUUGGCCAUCUUUCUCGGAUAUAGACUUUGUGAGAGCGAGAUAAAUAUUUCACGACAGUUGAAUGGCACUGUCAUUGGUAACCAGACCCUUGCGCGUGCAGAUGGGCCAUACUUGGUCACCAGUGACCUUGUUGUCCCAGAAUAUGUCACUCUAACUAUAGAACCUGGUGCAAUUGUGAAUUUUGUUCCAUCUGUGGGGAUUCGUGUUCGUGGAUCAUUUCACGCUCAGGGGACACCUUCGCAAAGAAUUACUUUCCGAGCGGUUCCCUGUGGAGAAACAAGUUUUUGCAAUAAAACAGACGGGGCUUUAUUCUACAGUCACGGGAUAAGACUUAUAGAUGGAUCGUCCUACAACAACGGGCGCCUUCAGCUGCAGUAUAAUGGAAGGUGGGGGACUGUCUGCAACGACUGGGGAUCUUGGGAUCUCACAGAUACGCACGUGGCCUGCAGACAUCUUGGAUUCCUUGGGGGAAAGCGGUAUUACUAUGAUCCCGGCAGCGGCCCCGUGAUGAUGAGGACAGUUGGCUGUAAAGGAACUGAAAAGAGUCUAUGGGAUUGUUCUUACACGCUAUCUUCCUGUGGUAAGUUCAUUUUAGUCCUAAACAAUGCUUUUGUUGUUUGCCGAAUGUGCCUCUCCAUGGAAAAAUUCUCUUUCUGGCCGCAAAGCAAGUGAUUACCGACAAAACUAUAUAACAAUAUGCCCUCACAUCUGGUCGGGUAAAGUCUAUUUAAUUCAUGAACUAAGAGAAGCUUUCGCUCGCGUUUGAAAGCAAGAUGGUCCCUACGGGCAGCGAAAAAAGUGUAACUGAAAUACUUUUCUCACUAGUAAUCAAGUACAGGUGACAAAUGCUCGGCUUUUCAACGUCUUAGUCACCUUUCUGUGGAACCGGGUACCGAAGACAACCUUUCCUUCGAGAAAACAUCAUUAUUCAUUUUCCCCAUACUGUUCUCUGUACAAAGUGCUCUAAGGUGCUGACAGGGAGAAUUAGUCUAACAGUCAGGAGUUUCUUCAGUUGGUUAUCAUUUCGUUUAUUCUUGUGAUAUUAAUGUGUGAUUCAGUGGUAAUGAUGUGAGGAGAAUUAGAUGUUAGUCACUUCGUUAGGCAUUUAAAUGCUUGGUGUACGCUCUGUUUUAACUUUCUUUUGAUCUUCGUGGACAUCAGGCUGAGUUAAAUUUGGAUUUCUUGUGAUAAUAUGAAAUUUUUGCACUAUGAAGCUGAACACUUCGUGUGGCUAUCAGGUGGGUGACCUUAGUCUCCAUAUGAACAUAAAAUUAUCCUGAAUGGCCAACUCACCCACCCGACUUGAAACCCUAAUACAAUUUUAUUAAUCUUUAGAGAAACAGAGCAUAGAUCAAGGGAGGAAGAGGUUGUGUCGAGGUCCCCAGAAAUCAUUUCAAUGAGGACUUUCGUCAGUAAAAGCGUCAAACUACAAAAUCGGCUUCUUUUAAGCCACUAACCACAUUUCUAUUUUAAACCCUUUUAUUUUCCAUCGCAACAACAUCGAUCUCAGGUCACAGCCGGGACGUUGGCAUUGAAUGUGACACUCUCUUGCCAUAUUUGGCCGAGAUUUUUUAUUGGAAAGGUAUUUACUUCGAGCCGACGAAUUCCUCUGAGAUGAAAAGAAGCUCUUCUCUUGAGCACGUGGACAUUGAGAAUGCUCUCGAGGCGGUAAAUGCCGUGAAAAGCGCUCCAGAUUUACUAAAUGUUAGAAUCAACGAUUGCGCCUCCGGCUUAAAUAUAAAAGAACUUGCCAAACCCUUGGCCGUAGUCGAUUCUUCUAUCCUCGGGCCUAUGCUGGCUGGUGUGAACAUCGAGAGCUCCUGUGGUUAUGUUUUCAUUGAAAAUGUCACAGUCCAGAAUGUACGAUUUGGAGGAGGCCUUAUCUAUAAGCGCCUGGCAGUGAAUCUCUGUUCUGUCAUUCCAGAGAAAGCUUCUUUUCCUUUGCUCCUAAAUGCCGCUGGAAAUCAUCAUCCGGUUGAUUGUAGUAAGGUAGGAUCGAGUGUUUUAGUUAAAAUGUCUGAGUGACUUGGUAAAAAGAACUACGGAGUACGCUUUGAAUUCAAAACCAAUAUAAUGUGAACUUUAGAAUAUCUAUCAAUAUCCAACACCUUUUCGAAAACAGUUUUUUUAGUCAACUUGUGGUUCAAGUUUCUUGAACUUUAGUUAAAAUGUACAGGUUUUUGUCACAUUUGGUACAUAUUUCAUUCAAGAUUUUACAAGGUAGAACGACAAGCUUCUAAUAGUGAGGGAUUUAAUUUUUCUAUCAAACCAGGCGAAUCCUUUAAGGAAAACAACGCGGUCUCCAUGAGCUGAAAGUUCUGGAUCCUUGGCGAUCCUUGGAGAAUUGAAGGAAAAAAAUAUUUUGAUUAUUAUCGAAAUAAUGUGAAUUAGAAAGGACACUUCUUCUCUGUUAUAGGUAGUGGUUUUUAUUCGAAGGGAAGAUUUUUCAUGAAGAUCGCAAUGCAAAAAGACAACCCCUGGUUAAGGGGAGUUUCAUUCCUCCCCAUAUGCAGACACUAGUUUUCAAACAUCUAAAACUAAUAGCCAACGACUGAAUCAGUAAGUUUUCUCGAAGGCUACAGGAAGAAAACGCCUACAUCAAUGCCUCUUUUUCCAUUUUCAUCUGUCAAUUGAAGUCGAUUCGCACCUCUCGAAUGUUAUUUUUUAGGAUAUUUUUCCUCAAAAGGAAAGUAUUCGUGAAAGACAUCUAAAUUAUCAAAAUGUUGAGCCAGGUUUCAGGCUCUAUAGGACUAACCGCAACUUUUAACGUAGAGAAAUACUUAUCUGUAUGUUGCUUCCUUUUUUUAUCAAAACUCUUCCAGUGAAAGAAAUGAAUUAAAAAAAACAUUUGCAUUCUUAAGAUUUUCAGAGCUUCACCAGGAAGAAAGAUCUCUGUGUAUUUGAGAAUAAUUAAUGGAAGUGGAUUUGAGCUAAAUAUUACCGAUGCAAGCACAGCUAUCAAAACCAGACUGCACAGAAUCACAAGGGACUACAAUGGAAAGACAUUUAAGACUGGUUCUACUUCUAUAUUGGAACUUUCCUUCUACUCUAAAGGCAGUUCCAACUUGGAAAUGGUCGUUAUGGAAGAUCAAGGUAGCUCUGUUUCUAGUUAUGUCUUAAAAUAAGACGAACUGGUCCAUCUGCUGUUCCCUUGAGCAGUUCAUCACUCAUUCAAAAGGGUAGUUGUGUAACCGCUCCAUCAGAAACCUCGUCAAUUUUUCCUUUGAUUGACUAGACCGUCAGUCAGUCGACCGGUCAGUCUGUCGGUCGCUCAUUCGGUCGUUUGCUUGUUCUUUCGGUGGGUGUUUAGUUCGGUCAGUCAGUCGGUCGCUGAGUCAGUUAGUCAAUAGGUAAGCUAAUUACUCAAUAAGGAAUCGACCAGAAUAAUUAAUUAACUAUCCAAUACGAAGACGAAAUGACCGCCCACAAUUAGUCUAUAAAUUUGUUUGGAUGAUGUAUGCUCUUCGUAACAUUAAUCCAUUGGCUUUUGAUCAUUUGUAGGCGAGACUUCAUCACUUGUGAUAACUAACAGUACCUUUUCUAACAAUUCUAAGUCUGGUAUUACCGUUGACAACUUGAUUGGUAAUUCUCGAAUCUCCCAGACAACGGUGAUAGGGAACAAAUACAAUGGACUCUACAUAACCAAGACAACAGGUACUUUAGAAUUUACCGACGUCAAUUCCUCGAAAAACCAAGCGUCAGGAAUCGUAGUCGAUGCUGGAACUCUUUCAUUCCGAAUGUCUGACAGCCUUGUUGAAGAAAAUGGUGGUCAAGGAUUGCACAUCUUAAACCAGGUCAACUCCACAAUCAAGAUUUACAACUCGCAAUUUGUUCGUAACAGUAACGGUGAAGGAGUUUAUUUACAGGCAUUUCGCUACUGCUAUGUUCGACUAGUGGAAGUACUGUCUCUUGAGAAUUCGCAAAAUGGGGCUCUGUUUACGAGAUUAUCCGAUACCAGAUUAAAUUUCAGCUCUUGUAAAUUUGACGGAAACUCGAAUAAAGGAGUUUACGCUGACUACUUUUUAAGAGGAGGACUUCACUUAGAGAAGAUUUCUACCUCAAACAAUUACAGAUCUGGUUAUGCUUUCGAAUUUGGGGAUACCAACAUAAACAUAGAGUCGUCGUCUUCUUUUGGUAACGGCAGGGAUGGUUUUUACGUAGAAAAUCAAGGAGGAGAAGUUGUCUUAAAGGAUUUUGUUGCUGGUGGCAACAAACGAAACGGAUUGUGGUUUCCAGAUACCGAAUCAGCUCGUCUUCGAUCAGUUCAUCUUAUAAGCUGUAAUGUUUCAGGGAACAUUCAAUACGGUGUGCUCUUUUAUCUCACGUAUAGAUUUGAUCAACGCCCGGAGAACUAUAUCAUUAAGGUUUCAAACUCCACAAUUUUCAACAAUUCUCUUGGUGGUUGUAAGAUCUAUCCUUCUAAUUGCGGUUGGGGAAACGAUGGGUGGCAGAGAAGCGUUCGACUUUUAUUCACUGGUAAUAAAGUAAAGAGAAACAAAAAAAAUGGUUUGGAUAUCUAUGGCCCUGAAUGGUACGCGUUAUCUGCUGUCUUGGCUAAUAACAUAUAUUACGAGAACAGUGGACUUGCUCUGACAGUGAGACAUGGGCGAAGGUGUUCCUAUGAGAAUUCCUCACCCUUCAAUCUGCAGGUUUCAUCCAACAUCUUUUUGAAGAAUAAAGGGGAGAACAUAUUUUUCGUUGAUUGCGGAACGUUACCCACAAAAUGCCGUGUCACCAUCAGAAACAACACGUUUUUAGACAAUCAAAGAAUCCGCCUGUUUUCUAGCAAUUACCUUCGAAUUAAAACGCAGGCAGUUUUAGCUGUAAACGGAGGCAACGUUACCAUCAAGUUUAAUUCGUUUAUCAAUCCUUUGUUCUCUCACGAAUUAGCAGCACUGCUUAAAGACCGCGAACACGUUCUUCUUGCGGAAGAAAACUGGUGGGGAACAAGAGAUGAAUGUAAAAUAAAAGACCGAGUGUUUGACUUUGAAGAUCGAGUGGAACUUGCACAGAUCCAAUAUUAUCCAUUUUUGGAUUCCUACAAUUCUACCAGCUCUAAAUUACACGAUGGUGUCAGACCUUUCUGUUUUCUUCGAGGUAAUAAGUUAGGAGGAACAUUAAAUCAAGUAUUCAAUAUUACAAACCAAACUGAUACCUACAGAGUUAUCAGUGAUGUUACAAUAUUGCCUGACGGCGUUUUGUUCAUGGAAGGAAACAUCACUUUAGAAUUUCCAUUGAAGAGCGUUUUCCUAGUACAAGGAAAGGUUAUCAUAAAAGGCACUAAAAAAGAACGGGUAAAGUUCCUUCCAAGAGGACCAUUGCAACAGGACAUUAGACUCGUCGGAGGUCCUGCUCCGUGGGAAGGGGUAGUUGAAAUAUGGAUCAACGGCAGGUGGAUGCCAGUUUGUAUGCGCACCUAUGGAUACGAGCACGACAUAGUAUGCAGACAAUUGGGAUAUGAACCGGUGGACUAUUAUUACCAUGACCCAAGUGGAAAAGAGAAAGAAUUUCUACAUAAUGUCAUAUGCAGCACAGAUCAAGGAGACAGCGUAACCAUUUGCAACAAAAACAACUGGAAUGUAUUAUCAUCAUGCACAAAAAAUGUUUUGUAUGUCGGCUGCAAAAUUCCUUACUGGGCUGGCGUUCAUCUUGCUGUGACUUCAAAGGAAAGCGUCUUCAGCCAUGUCGAGGUGCGCUAUGCAGGUUUUCCAUAUAGAGACGACCUGACUAUCCCCGGAAUCGCCUUCAGAGUGGAUCUCCCUCGUCACGUGAUCACCGGUGUCUUUGUGAGUAAUUCUGCUGCCAUUGGUUUCCAGAUUAUGUAUCCAGACCCCCUAAAAGAUUCAAAUACAAUCGAGAAUUCAACAAUAGCUAAAACUGAGUCGGAUGGAGUACGUUUGGAGUCUCCAUUUAUCGAGUUCAUAAGUACAAAUGUCGUAAACACAAAAGGCUACGGAUUUUCGUAUCGUUACAACUGGAAUGCUCUCAACACACACGUGGUAAAAAUGGCAGAUGCAACUGUGAAGAAGUUUGUGGACAUAUGCACUGAAAGUCAAACAUUUAUCAGUGACUCUAGUAUGGUGUAUUAUCUAGUUGUGAAAUUACGGAGCAAAGCAGCUUGCAGGGCCAUAAUUACCGUUCCACCGGAAUAUACGAUAGUAUUGCAGCUAAUAUAUCACAAAUUAUAUGGCAUAGAUUUCCACGUGUACAAUGGAACAGACAAGACAAAGGGCACUCUCUGGGAUAUCCAUAGGUUAGAUCGGUACAGCCGUCCUGCUUGGAUGUCUGGCAAUAGCUCAAUCCUACUAGAGAAAGGGUAUGGAUAUCCGUAUAAAGACGACACGGUGCAUUUCCUACUGUUUCUCACCAAAAGUAAGUUCAGCUAUUACUUUAAUCAUAUCGGGUUAAGCAGUGAUCUCCGUCGGUAGACUGCAAUUUUUGCAAUUGCAAAAAAUAAGCUUCAGGGUUCGACAGGCUUUGAACCGUGCCUCUGCCUAUUUGGACGCUGUUUGCAAAAAAUCUCCAAAGCCACACCGUUGGGGUAAGGCAAAUUUUACAGUUCUUCUUCCCCGUGGAAGAAUUUUACCACAAUUUUUAGUGUAAUCAAAACUAUCACAAAAUGGUCGUCAGCAGUCCGAUUUGAGCACUAAUAGGACGGUGUACGCGUCAUGCUUGUAAUUAGAUGGUGCGAUCUGUGCAAGUAGACAGAUCGCGCCAUGUGGGCGCGCUGUUGCCUUGCAUUUCGCCGAGUUAACUUUUGUUUUUUUUUUUAUGAAAGGGAUAACCGAUGUCUAGUUUCUUGCUCAAAUUUUGUCAUAGUUUUGAUUGAUGGCAACAAGACUUCGUGUUGUCCGAUUCCGCCAGUAAUCAUACUUGUGAUAAACAAUUCAGACUCCCCCUUCGUGGUCAUCUGAUUUUGUUAAUCACUCGUAUGAUUACAGACCGAAUUGGACUCCACUUAGUCCUAUUACCUCUAUAAACAGAAAUUUAAGGAAAUAAACUGUUUCAUUAUGAAAUUGAUCAUAUCGGUGGUAACAUUUCAAGAAAAAGUAGUCGAUUAAUGGAUCCCUUGGUGAUUUUCACGAUGUCAACAAAAAGACACAAGUCAUCACUGAGGAUGAUCAUUCACCAGUUUGUUGUUUUAAAAACAUGUUUCUUAAAAUUUGAUCAUGAUCUGAAUGAUCGAGUUUCAUUGUGUAUUAAUAUAUUUUGUAAUAAAGGCUGUCAAAUGCACCUCUUUACUCGUAAUGAGGUGGGCAAGAGUUGCACUGCAAGGAUCGGAAUCCUAUUUUGUGAUCAAAGGGCCUAAAGUUUAUUUAAUAACCACUUUCAUCAUCUGAUUAUGUUAUUAAAACAAUGAAAAUUUUUUAAUACAGAUUAAAAAUUCAGUUAUUGAUCACAAUCCAUGGAACUUUCCUCUAAUUCUUUUUUUUCACAGACAUGCUUUAUGUCAGAAAAAAGUUUUGCAAGGCUCAGAGUAGUAUUCAUAAACAAUUAUUUUUGUUUUCAACUAACAGGUGGGGGAAAGACGAAGAUCAGAUCACCAAACCUUGUAAUAUCCAAAAGCAAUUUCAGCCACAACAGUGAAGGUGGAAUUUUGUUGGGUGGAGAUAACGCAGGAAUAGUUGAAAUCGAAAACACGGACGUACGAGACUCACCCAAGAAUGGCUUGUCGACAGAAUUUUCCCACGUUAACAGCUUGAAGCUGCUGAAUUGCCAGUUCGUUAGAAACAAGAUCGGAAUCAAGCUCUCUUCAUUUUCAGGUAACGUGAACAUCGAGAACACCAAGGCUUCUAACUCGACCGAAAAUGGACUUUAUGUCGACACGAACGGUGAAAAAACAAUCCAUAUUGAAAAUGGUGGUGUUUUCCAUAGCAAUGGAUAUGGCCUUUUUCUGGAUGGUAAAUAUACCGAAGUGAAACUUACUGCAACCAGGAUAUUUUUUGGAUGGAAUAAGGCAUCUUCUGUUUAUUCGCGUAGUUAUUAUGGCUGCAAUUUGCCUUGUUCAUCCCAUACUUCCUUUACAAACUGUACAUUUUAUGUCAACCGAGGCCCUGUAAUAGACAUUAACGAGUCUCCACACUCUAAUCCAUGGCAAUUUAACGGUAACCUUUUCCUGAAUAACACUCAAGGUCCUGUUAUUUUGACUACGCGUCAUACGAAUAGAUACUACACUCCUGAAUUAUUUGUGAGAAACAAUAGUUUCUUGUUCAACUUUUGCCAAGAUAAAAGCGUCAUAGACAUUAUAGGAGGCACAAAAGUUUUGAUUGUAGAAGGAAACAUCUUCAAACAAAACUACGGGAGAUCCGUUUUUAUAGGAAAAACCUCUCCUUCAGGCGCAACUAUAAGAAGUAACGUUUUCACAAACAAUAGCUGCCUGAAUUGUGGAGUCAUUGAGAUUCAGAGGAUAGGUAAGGACAUCGCAAUUGUUGACAACAUUCUUAAAUCGAAUAAAGGACAAUUUAUGGUUCUUCUCCAGUGCGAAUACGUUGUAGGAGUGAACACUGGCAUUAAGAAUGUAACGUUUUUGAAUAAUUCACUCCUGAACAACGUGGCUGUAUCAUCAAGUUCCCCAACCUGUCAGUUAAAAGUCUCUGGAUUUGCGGAAUGGAGACCAUUUUUCAUCCGUUUCAACAGAUUUAGCAGCCAAUACUUCUCAAAAGAACUUUGUGUAAGCACCCAAGAUUCCUCGCACAGCAGCACAAUGCAGGCUUCAUUAAACGUCUGGGGUUAUGAUGACGAGGAAAAAGUCAAGGAAAGAAUCUUUGAUGGUGAAGACAACUACGAACAAACAUAUGUUGUUUUUCGUCCUUACAUCAGUAAUGCAGGAAACAUAAUAAAGGGUUCGCAAGAAAAUACUACCUUUAACACGCUAUCGAAAAGCUUUCUGGGAGGAAGGAUAUUAUCCAACGUUCUUCUAAGAAAAGAGAAAAGUCCUUACACAGUUGUGUCCGAUGUCACUAUUCUGCCUGAAGCUUCACUUUCAAUUGAUCCUGGUGUUGAGGUGCAAUUUAUGCCAGGGGUUGGCAUGUUGGUUCUUGGUUCACUCUUUGUGGGCGGAAAUGUAGAUCAACCUGUCAAAUUUUCUCUUUCAAAAAGGACAAAAGAUGCCGAUUCUCUUAAAAUUCGAUUAGCUGAAGGUAAGUUCCCUUGGGAAGGACGUGUACAGAUACUACACAAUUGGAAUUGGACCUCACUGUGUUUCAAUGAGACGCAGGGCAAUAAAACUAAUGACGUAAAACUGAUAUGUGAACGCCUGGGCUAUCAAGCACCAUUGUCCGUCAAUCAUUCCCAUCACGAAUCGUCCGGCCCUUGGGAUGCUUGUGCCACUCUUCAGUGUAAAGGAAGUGAGUUAGAUUUAGCAGAAUGCUCUAUAUCUUUCCAAAGCCUUAGCUGCAACACGUCGUGUCAUCUUGUGUUGAACUGUGGCGAAGGAAGGCCUUGGGGAAAUAUAAGAUUUCUUCGCGAAGCUAGGAACACUUCAAACCUAUCAACAUCAAGUUUAAAACAUCUAAGAAUUGAGCACUGUGGCGAGAAACAUGGCCAAAACGUGGCUGCCAUUGAAAUGAUUCAGUACGUUGCAGAAGUAAAUCAUGUGACUGUUCUUAACUGCACAUCAGGUGGUAUCAAGGUUUUGUUCCCAGAAAAAGAGGUGAUUAUAAUGAACAGUUCCUUCGUUAAUACCGGAGGAAAUGGAACUGAUUUUAUCAGUACGAAAAACAAUGUUACACUUAAAAACGUCAAAUCGAUAAAAAACGAGUUUGGACUGAGUUUUCAUGAAGCCUACGGUGAUUGGUUCAAUACUAUUUCAUACGGGAAAGUUAAUCUGUGCUCCCCACAAAAAGUGGUGAAUGUCAUGGAUCACGAUGUAUUCGUUUACUUUAGGGCACCAUUCGUGUCUUUCUCAGAUCUAGUGGUAUCCUGCCAAAUAAAAGUUCAAACAGAGGCAAGUGCUGGUUUUGCUAUCCAGCUACUACUCCUAAAAAAUGUGAGAUCUUUUCGGAUAGAACUGCCUAAUAGACGUGACAUCUUCAGGACUUAUGGUAGCAGCCUAGGUCUACUCUUAAAAAGAAACUUGAUCAGGUGGGAUUCUUUUACAGUCCACUUUGAGGGACGGUACAGUAGCGAAAUGCUUUUGCAAGUUCAACGUGUUGAUAUCAAAGGUUAGUGGCUGUAAAAUUUUCAUUUUUAUUAUUAUUAUUAUUAUUAUUAUUAUUAUUAUCAUUAUUAUCAUAACCAUUAUCAAUAUUAUUAUCACUCUCGUUAUCAUUACUAUCGUUCUCUUUAUCGUUAUCGUCAGUGUUCGCUAUCGUUAACGUCAGCAUUUUAGUUAUCAUAAUCAUUAUCAAUUAUUGUCGUCAUCCUUGUCAUGGUCAACAUUUUUUCUUUCUUUGCCUGUACAUAAAGCACAGGCCGCACAUGGAGAGUUUGAAAAGAAGCGGUGGGAGUCCAAUUUUGAAUCAGGAAACAUUGAUCUUUUUUACUAUUUUUUCAAUCUGGAGCCAAAACAAGCUAAAAAAAUUUAAAGACAAAGCAAUUUUAGAUACUUCAAGUUGAGAAAAAUUCGUGAUUCUGUAUUUGCAAGAACUUUGGUGUCGCACAAGUGAUAGGAAAAACCCAAAUGUCUGAAGAGGAUUGGGGCUUAGACUACUGGACCCCCAUUCUGGAUUCGCUACCGUAACGUCUGUGCUUUGUUUAACAACUGUUCGGUAACACCUAAGUGUAUUAUGUGAAUGGGCAGAUUGUGCCAAUACGAUGGGAUCUGAUAACAAAUCUGCCUAAUUUUCCUCAGAUAUUCCAUGCUCAUUUGACCGGGGAUUUUGUGACUGGAGACGCUAUCCAAAAUCACAUUUUGAAGGAGUUGCCUUGAGGAAGAAAUGGUAUGUUGGAAACAGUCGCUAUGAACACACCUAUUCAGGAGGCAAUGGUGAGUUGUAAUAAGUAAUAGAAGAUUGAACUUUAACGAUUAUAGAGAGGACAUUCGGAUGCGUCAAUCUCCUAAGCUUACAUCUAUCUUGUGAUCGGAUAUGAGCUGACAUAGGUUACAGCUCGAAUGUUCUACGAAGUAGGAAGUUAGCUGGAGGAGCCGAGAACUCCUUCCGUCGACAAAACGUUUUCCUCCCGGCCGCUUUUAUGGAUAUCGUUCUCUCGGUCGAAAACGUAGAAAUAGAUUUUAGGACUAUGGGUGACUCAGUGAAACGUUCUACCUUAUCGAGUAAAUUGGAAGUUCUUGAGAACAACUGUACGUAAAGUUCAAAAGAUCGUUAAAGGACAUCAGAACAGCAGCCCAAGUAAAAUUGGGACUCUGAGUUUUUCCAGGUCAGCACCCACCGGAGCAACAAAGUUAGGGGUGUGUACAUUCAGCUGAGUUGGAGGCAAUCGACCAAACAACUAAACGAUAGAAUGACAAAGAGAGAAGGCUGGAAUUGUGCCAGUGUCGGAAAGCGUUGAUCGCCUGAGAACAUUUUUGCCUCAGGAAUUCAAAAUACUCCGCCAGGACCUUUCUCAUCGAGGUCGUGUUUGUUGAUAUCUUGAUCUCUGAGUCCUACAUGUCGACUUCUAGUACUCUCAAAGGAUUGGCUGAGAGGAGCAAUCUUGAAACUAUGUCAAUGCCAGUGUUGUCGAUCAAAAAGAGGAUUUCGUAUUAACUGUGACCCGGGACUUGAACUUUCGAAAAUCUUGUUGAUACUGUCUCAUUUAGAAGGGGAAUAUUCCUAUGCAAUCUCAGCUGAAGUGGUAAUGAGCGCUUACACUGUAACAGAAGCAUGGGAUUUUUCGGCUCUCCCCAUGUUUUUCUGUAGACAAUUUAAAGUUUUGAAACUAACCUUUAAGGUGUCAUAUAUUUCACCCUCUCAAAUUAUAUCAGAUAUUUAGUAACGAAUCGCAUCCCCUGUCUUUAAGAGUAUUACUGCUUAAAUUACCAUGGUUAAAACAGCAACAAAUGCGAGUAUCUGUCAAAGACGUAAUCAAAUGUCAUAUUUGAUUUAUAUCUUACGCAGGGGGAUUACUAUAUCUUUGGCGACACUCGUUUUCUGGUUACGGUGCCUUUACCAGCCCAUUAAUUUCCAGCGACAACAAUUACUGUUACUUGGUGUUCUACUACAAGCGGGAUGACCAUUACUCCAAGUCAUCAACAGCGCUGUCCAUUUUUCUGAUAGAAGACAUUAGUAACAAUUCGACCUUGCUCUUGUCCGUUAGCGAUUACGUGACAGACUGGAAAAAGAUCGUGAUUGAGCUACCCUAUACUGACGCCAGUUACUCGAUUGUGAUAUUGGGAUAUGAAGAGUACAACAACAUAAUUGAAAUCGAUGACCUGGCCUUCGUCAGUUGUGACCCAUGUAAGUUGUGAUAUAUUUCAAAUUGACAUAUACAUUACAGGAGAACUGCACAUUAGCUAACGAAAUCCUUAGUGUUUCACAAAAAACAUGCUGAUCAAAUAAAUUACACCGUAACAGCUAAAUAAUUGCCUCCUUAAGUUUUAGGGAAUUUUUUAAUUGGUGAACGUUGAUAAGCAUGGCGCUGUGCGCGAGGUUUUAAAAAGCAUCCCAGCUUUUGACAAAAAUGGUUCUUUGGUCAGCCAGGUAUUCAGUUAGGGUCGUAUAUGCUUGGUGUUGGAGGAACUGGGGGAUACUUUUCUUCCCUCAAGGGAGGAAUUGUUUUCCAUAAGUGAUGUUUACGUUAUGUGGUAAACGUCUAAGUAAAAGAAGGUGAUUCAUUGAUGUCUCCCCCAUAAUUUUGGUCGACAUUUCCAAUCCGUAUACAGACUAAUGUAUUAAGGCUUGAAGAAGAUAAAUGUAGCCAGGAAAUUAAAUACUGAAAUUAAGAUAACCUCCCUUGAAGCUUGUUUGCCUCGAGCUGUACACAAAAAAAGGUAAAUUUCAUUUUCUUAACAGCUGCCACUGCUGUACACCAAGUAACCGGAAGUGUUUUUAGUGGUAACGAGAAACAAGGUAUACAUUACACGACGACUCAAAGUGAAAGCCGACAUAUUUUCAGAGUAGAACGUUGUCAGGUAACGAACAAUGGUCUGAAUCCUGUCCUUACUGGAAGCCUACCAGGAGCGAUUCACCUCAAUGCUUCCAACCAAGUGAUUGAAAUAGUCAAUAACUACAUUGCUGGAAAUAACAAUGGAGGUAUUUAUUCCGAAGUACUCAAUGAAGUGUCCACGACAAGACCACCAGUCAGCCAUAUCCAUGCAAACACCAUAGAGUACAACAAAGGAGGCACAUUACGCGUAGAAGGAGUUUCUGGGCCCUAUAUGAAUGUUAACGUGAGCAAUAACUAUUUUUCUCGAAACUUUGCACGAGAUUUGGAUGGCAAAGCAAAUAGCGUCUGUGUCAUAAUAAAGUUAUGGGCGAUUGUUCAAGGAAAUUUAUUUUAUAGCAACGUCGGUCAUUACGUUUUCCUGUAUGAUAAUUCUCAAACAAGUACUGUUGGUCUUCGAUUUGUGAAUAAUACAUUGUACAAGAACGGUGCAAGGGGGCUCGAUGUUAAUUACGGAGCGACUAUUCUGUGCAAUGGAACAGCAGAAAUUCAUGGAAACGUUUUUCAGAAUCCUAACAACCGCUAUCAAUUCAGUACCACAAUGAGAGGGAGUCCAAUCACAGUAAAUGCCACUUUAAAUUGGUGGGGAGAGAAUGUACCAAAUCUGAUUUCUUCUCUGAUUAUGGAUAAGACAACGGAUUAUCGACUGUCCAUAACAGUUGUGUUCCAGCCGUUCGUCAAGCUACCACCCCAAAGAGCUAUAUCAGGUCAAUAUGUUUUGGACUUUCCAGGUCCAAGUCUAUCUUUUAUGUUGUUUAGAUGUCUCACUCUUCCAGCUUAGAAUGAACCUCUUUUGUAUCAAAAUACUGCUCAGCUACUUCAAACAUCAAUUCCCUCUCAAAAUGUUUAAAACUGUCAACUCUUUCCUCAAUUAAAUCGAAAUAAACCGUAUUUUGCUAAGUGUUUUUUGUUUUUUUUUUCAUCACUUUAUCAUAAUUUAGAAUACAAAACAGCUUAUCAAUUUUCAGCUCAUCAGUUUUUUAUCUCAUCAAUUGUCUUCUUAGUAUCUUGCCCACCUGAAUGGAUUAAAGACGAUGAGAUGUGUUACAUGUACAAAGGAGGCUCCUUCACUUUCACUGAUGCCGAGAAAUAUUGUGGGGUAAGCGUGGUUGAUACUGACACUCUAUUUUAGUCUCUCCUUUUCUCUUUCUCCAUUUGUCCGAUGGAGCUGAGACUAGAUGAAAUGAAUUUUGAGGUGAAAUGAAUGCACUAGGUGGCGAGGCAAAUCAGCUCGAGGGCGACGUGACUCAGGGCGAUGUAGGGGGGCUUCAUUUGCUUUCUCUCCUAGUCCCUCGGUUUCGCUUUCCUCGAACUGUAUUUUGUUUCUUUAUUAGAAAAGUGCCAUAUGCUCGCUUAGCGUGUUAUUAUAUGUUCAUUUGCAGAGUUAUGGUGGAAAUCUCGUCACCAUGCUUUCAAACGAAGACAAACGACUCAUAAAGCAUCUUCGACAGAAAGAAUCCUUGGUUCAUUCAGGCGUGUUGCCUUCCCUGUGGACCAUAAGCAGGCGCUUUUUAAGAGAGGUUAGAAAACAUCAAGCUCGAUAUUUAGUUUCUGUUCCACAGGUAUUUUUCAAGUAAUUUGAUUGCCCAAUAAUAUCAUGGGCACCAAAUAACGUUCAUAGCCUCGAAUCAACCCGUGUCGACUCUUGUUUACGCGAUGAACAUUGUUUACAGAUGACCAAAGAACAUUAUCCUCAUGAAAUGGGUUAAAAAACCCGCACAAGGCCUUAGACAUGCAUUGUUGUCGGUGCGAGGUCUUUGUAUAAACACUUUUUAAACAAGAAUUGUAAUACUUUUAAACUGUUUUACCCUAAACGCAAAUGAAACAUUCUGCGGUUUUGCUUUAGUGCGAAAGUAUCUUCCUGUUCAAAACGUGAAACUUAAUCGCCAUUUUGGUACCUUCGAAAAGGUUGGGAUGGCUCUUAGUAAUUUCUCAUGCAACAAAAUAUUUUUUAUGCUGAAAUUUUCUUAAAAAUAGUGGGUAGUUUUUCACCAACGAUUGAGAGACAAAAUAACCUAAUUCCUCAACUGUUAAGACUCACUUAAGGCACAAUGAUGAGACCUUCCACCAUUUUUGUGUAUCCAUCUAUUUGUCUCAUUUAAUCCUUUUCUUUGCCUUUAUUCUUUUUUUCUUGAUUUUUUUCACGACAAAAAAAUUAAAUAGUAAUUGUAAUGUAAAAGAAAGAAUAGCAGUGAACAUUCGAGACAUUUAUCUUACCAUUUUUCUUUACUGCAGUCCCACAGUGGAUAUGAUCAGGAAAAUAAAGUAUGUCCUGUUGUGGCUGCUACCGGAAAUAUUUCACAGGUUCAUUGUGAUGAAUUUCUGCCUUUUGUCUGCGUGCGAAGGCCAGGUAAAUCACAUUCAAUAUCAUAAUAGUCCAUUUUAUAGUAGUGUGCUUGGUCGCCAAGCCUUCGAACAGGAAUGAGGUUAAGGGUGACCUUGUUAUGACACAAACCUUGCUGCUUUUCAAAUGCAAAUUACUUUGUUAUCAGGCUAACUAGAUACUGGUCUCUAUCACAACAAGAUCACCUUCAACCUGACUCGAAAUCAAAGGCUUGACAACUAAGUACACAACUGUAAAAUGGCCUUUUGAUAAAUGAAUUCUAUAGUUGUAUUACAUGAUCAUGCUAGAUGAAUAUCCAGACGAAAUCAUUUAACCUCAUCACCCGACAAAAAGAAAUAGUAAACUUGUCGAAACGCAGCAAUCCCCAAUUGAUAGCUUGAUUGUUCAUCUACAUGUACUAGUGACUCUAAAUUGAAAGACAAAACCAUUAAACUUUCAUCAUCAUAGCAGAGAUGAGCAACAAUGAUAUAAUCAUCAUUACCACUGAGGCGCACUCUGUCGAUAAUUUUGCCUGCUAUGACGCGCUAUAUCAUCAUUGCCAUUGUUACUAUCAUAAUAAGAUAAGCGCUUCUGUGCAUAGCACCACGCCCCACAGCAGCAUGUUUGAUAUGCAGAGUCUAUAACGUGUAUUUCCUCUCGUAGAAUAAAUAAAAGGACAUCAAUUCACGUUAAAUAUUUCUACAAGUACUGAAUCACAGUAAAAACCAAGGGGAAGAGAGGGUUUCCAUUCAGGCCCCUCUCGUGUCCUGUCCCUCGGCGGGGGUGACACCAUGUCUCAGGAAUAUGCUUACUACUUAUGAAGGAAGCAGGUACCAACUAGAUAAACUUCCUUUUGGUUUCUUAGUUAUCCACUGCCCGAACAGCUGUUUCCAUAAUGGGGACUGCAUAGGUGCCACGUGUUUCUGUUACCCUGGAUGGACUGGAGAAGACUGUUCCAAGUUUCACUGCCACGACUUGCAUAACUGUUCUGGUAACGGUGACUGCAUGGGUCCCAAUGCCUGCAAAUGCUACCCCGGAUAUUUAGUAAGUGGCAUUUCUUUUCAAUUCCAUAAUAGUUCAUAACUUUGUUGACUGUAGCAAGUUUGAUACCUGGCUAACAGGGCCACUUUUAAAAACCUGGAAUCAGCCUUGGCUGGAUAGAAACUAGAUAUGUGCUGCUGGUUCUGUGUGUGAGUGAUUUAGUGCGCUCUCAGUAAGUGAUCAAGAGUGUUAAACUUUAUCUGUUAGAAAUCAGAUCUCAAGCGUCUUUAUGGUUUAUGUAAUGUUAAUCUCCACCAUCUAAAACUCAUAUGAAAACUUAUCUUAAAGCGCUUUUCGAUGUUCUGCGGAAAAUCUUUUCCAGUCUUACACAAUUUGACAGAUCGCCAAUAGAUGGAAGAAGGAGAAGUGAGAUCGUGCUAUAACCUCGCAUUAGUGUGCAAGAUCUAGGAAGCCAGCAUUUUUGGUUGAGCUUCCAGCACAUUUGAACAGAAUUUUGGAAACGCUAGGUUAACUUUUUGAAAUGUAGUCGCCACUAAGGACUCUAAAAUGUCUUUAGCAUUCUAAUCUGAUCAAAAGGACACCAGUCACUGCGCUUUCAUGAAUUUUCAACCAUUGUGUUCGAGACCCAUCGGUUCUGUCUCUGAUCGCAUGAGAAUAGUAGUAAUUAUCUUUUCCAACACAACCUAAUGCAGGAAAGUUUAUGGAUGUUUCUUCAGGGUCUUGGCUGCACUUACUCCUUCUGUGGAAAGUACGAAAGUUGUGCUGAUUGCGUGACAGACCCAUUUUGUGGAUGGUGUGACAGUUCACGCUCCUGCCUCGGAGGUUUUGCCGCGGGGCCUCCAGGAAUAAGUUGUCCCGCUUGGUUUUACUACCACUGUUAUACAGUAGGAGACGGACGUUGUUCACGAGAUAUAAUGGUAGGUGAAGAGGAUAAAAAUAGUUCAUGGUGCGAACACAUCAACACUAUGCUACAAUCAGUUCGAUAUAAGUAAGCAAUGCAAGAGAGACGGGAAGGGGCGGCACUAGCGAGUGUUGCCUAUCAGUUGGUUAGAUAUGUAUUUCCGGAUUAUCUUUUGCUUGCUUGUUUCCUUUUUGUUUUAUGCUUCGCUGUUUUUAUUCUUUAUUAUAACUAUCUUAAAUCCAGCGGCCCCUGACCAUGAGAGCACUCUCCGCUUCAAACACAAAGCAAACAAGCUGUAGUUUUACCUGAUUGCAUACCGGUUUAUGCUUAUAACUCUCUGUGUUUUGUUUGGUUUUCCUAUCAGUUUCCCGAUAUACAUUUGUGCUGCUACGCAUCGAAGGACACCGUGAAAUUGAGUUGCCCAAGAAAACCGAACAAAACAUAUGCACUGCCAAUGCACCAUAGUCUCUGGGCACGAUGAUUUGUAGAAUAGUUAAAAAUACUGCGCUACUCAAUGUUCCAUGCUUAUCGUCAAACGAAAAGUGUUUUCACAUAUUUUUUCUUAAACAGAGGGUGAAUUGUAGAGGUAGGCAUUGCAACUUCAAAGAUGGAGGAGCGACCAUUGAAUCUUGUCAAAAAUGCAGCGAUCUCGAAGGAUGUCACAAAAUCACAGUAAGAUUUUUAUCUUUACUUUCUGUUCCUCAUCGUUGGUUAUUAACAGUGACAGUUUAAGAUAGUCUUCAAGGGAAAAAACUGAGUUGAAAGUAAUGGUACAUAUAUCUAGGUGCAAACAGCAACUAACAGUAAGUUUUAGUAAACUCCUUUGAUAGAACCAGUUAAUCUCACUUGCAGUAUCAUAACCAGUAAGUAGGAAAAUUAAGUAUGAAACACUUCGUUUUGAAUGAAAACAGAAUAUUUGACCUAUGGGAGUAUAUCUGGUUAGAAAUCUCUACAGCUCUACCUCACUCUAAUUGCCAACUGCACCGCGCCGUCUACGCCUCCCUUCCCCCCCCUCUUUUGUUUAAAAAAAAAAAAAGGGAAUCGCAGAAGGAAGAAAAGCCGGCAGGGCAAGCGGCAAAAAACCGUUCCCCCCUCUUACCUCAAGGUUUGGAUCCGCCAUUGUGAAGGUGGUAUUAAUCUGUUACCUAUUAAACCUCAUAACAGGACGACAACCAGUGCAGGUCGUGGAAUGAGACUAAGUGUCCAGGCGGGAAAAUUAAAGUGAAUUAUACAGAUCCCCAGAGAAGAAAUAAUGUGGAGUUUGCUAAAAACGUGAAGUUUGUGGAGCCUAACGAGACUCUCGUUUACGCAUGUCCAGUAAUUUUGCCAAAUCAGGAGAAGGUGUCGCUAGUUUUAGUUGCACCAAGAGUCCUAAAAUUUCAAAAGGGUGAUAUACUUUGUAGUCCUCAGGCAGGAGGUAUUAUGCAUAAGAUUGUCAAAGAAAUCAGCGAUGGUGAGUGUAAUGGCUAUAAAUUUCUGUCACAACCUUUACAUAGUCCUCGACCAUAUCGAUCAGUUGAAUACUUGAGAGUUUGUGGUUUUAAAAAAGCUCUGCGUUAGUAAUUCUUUUAAGGGGCAUGGCCUGUAAAUGGCUGACAUUGGCUUGCUACCAAGUGUCGCUGGAAAAGUUUUCCCGAUUUUUUUCCAAGAACUGUACUCCAUGAAAAUAUCAAAUAUAAGAUAAGCCAUCUGGUUACCGUUGUGAAUUGUUUGAGAUCUUACUGGACUACAACUUGAUUUAAGUACAAUUAAUAGCGAAGGCAUCUCUAAAACAUACCUAAUUGUGUUUAAUGUUCAAAUUUAUUAUUGUCUCGAAAGGUCCUUUUCAAUUGAUGUUGAGCGCCCCAGCAGGGUUAGAAGAGGUUAUCAAGUAUGCGGACUUUAAAGACGAAGUAACUGCGGUGCAAGUAGACGACGACUCGACGUUUGAGGAUGAGCCCAAUGAAGAUGACCUGCGGGACGUUAUUACAGGCAACAUUACGUUCGAUGAGGGUCGGGUAAUUGCGCUUUCAAAUGGUAGGUAAACAUUUUUGUAUCAACCAGCUUAAUACUUCGUAAAUGACUGAAGAUCAUUUAGUUAUGUCUACGAUUCAACGCGUUGUAUAACUCCUAAUAAGUGCAUGAAAGACACACAAGGGAGCAAACAAGCACAGAUACGAUAAACAGACAUACAAACUAUCAGAACCUGCAAGAUAUUUCUGGUUCGAAAAGUCAUACUCAACUAAAAAAAAUUCAAACAGUUUUCUUAAUCAUCAUUUUUAGAGAUAUACAAGUGCCUUGGUCACACAUACGACACUGGAAAAAUCAUUGUCCACUCGUUUUACCUGGUAAUAGAAAAGAACAAUACCAUCCCAAAGAAAGGUGACAUAGUUGUGUCCAAUACUAGUGAUGGUUUUAUCGAGACUGUUGUUAAAGUUCAUAGAACGAACAACACCCAUUACUUGGAAACGAAAUUUCAGAGAUGUGAGGCAAACUCUCAUUGGAAAGGCACAAGGUAUUUAUGUUAAUGACGACGCCUUGUUUUAAUAUUAGGCGGUGAGACGAUGACAUAUCUGCACCAGUAUGAUUGGGGUAGGAGACAUUUGACAGGGAAAAAAUAUCCCCUUCUUUCCCCAAACGCAACGAUUUCCCGUAAACUGCACCUAGAAAGUUGUUGACUAAUGACCGUGUUGGCAUUGUUGUUUAAGACUGACAUUUUUGCUUUGAUGAAAAAUUCACGCAUCUAUACUUAUUAAGUCAACAUGCAUUUUAUCAACUGUUCAUAGACUUUUUAGAUAUAUGAAUGACUUAUUGGGGUUGGCAAGCCUUGGCAUGAUUACUGGUGACUCAGUAAUUUACUUAUCGGACAACAAAUAGAAAAAUAUCUUUAGCAACAAAAGUCCCAAAUGAUUGACCGAAGGAAUUCCAGCUGGCUAUUAAGAAGCAUGAGCGAAAAGCCGAACUCUUUCGAAACCACUUCUGCCCACCACAUUUUAUUUACAAAAGUAUUGUCGAUAGAACUAAAAUCUAUCUACAGUUAUUGUGCAUUAAGCUGUUAAAGUGUAAGGGAUUCUAGCCUGAAAUCCAAGACCUUAGAUGCCAGGCUCAACUUAUCCUUAAGUUUUCGUUUGAGUUAAUUUACUUUUACUUGCUCCCACAAACCAGACUACAGGAAAGUAAAACAAGGCUUUCUGGGUCAGUAUCCUGCAGCGGAGGGGAUAACAACGAAGGCCUUCUUCUGUCAAAACCAGAGGAUGGGGAUCGGCAGUUUUUUGUCAAUGACUCAAUUAUUGGAAGACCAAGUGGAGCCUUCAUUGCAAAGGUAAUGUUCGUAUUUCGUGAGGUCUAUGUUAGAUUAACAAAUUAAAUUACAAGCAUCUUAGAUCACUGAAUACUAAGACUUAACGUGGUCGGUUGCAAAGAGUGCUUCCAUCGUUCAGAAACUGGAAACUUAUAGCAUGUCUCUUAAUAGAGUGACAAGUCAACUCAACAAACUUCAGGAUAUUUAAUUUUAAUAGGAUUGUUAUUGCCGUCCCCAGGAGUUAAAUAGUGUUCUCCUCUUGGGAAAGAAAAAUGUAUCAUAAAAUUCAUGAUUCGAGAUUUUUUUGGUGCGUUUAUACCAGGUUGAAAUCGAACUAGAUGAAGUUGUCUUUGUUGAGUUGUGUCAUUUGUUUCAUCGUUGUCAUUUUUUUCAGCUGCUUUUACAUCUGGUAAUCAUCUGAGCUAACUCUACCAUCUUAUAUCACCUCAAACCUCAGGUUGUAGAAGUCUACUCCAGCGGAAAUUUUCUUCUGGUGGAAGUAAUUUCUGCCAAAUUGGACGGAAAUGGAACCAUUACUACAGCUGUAGAUAUAAACCUACUGAAACGCCACAACAGACGAAGUAGGCGGUCGACGAGAUUCGAUUUCGAAUUGGCAAGUUUCAAACCCGACAGCAUACAUCACAAGGUACAGCACCUUUUAAUAGUUCUACAAAAGUAUUUUAAACGAACUGAGAAUUAGGUAAAUGCUAUGUUAAGUUUGCUCUCUGAUAUCUAUCUAAAUCUUCUCAGUUUCCCCCCAAAAUUAUGUCCUUUAAAAUUUUCAUUUUCCUCAGUUGUUGUCAACGGAGAACGCCGAGCUACAAGUCUCUUUGGAAAUGUUUUUCGAAUUGACUAUGUUUCUUGAGAUAGAACCAAAGUGGUAUGGGGGAAUAGAGGAUGCGGCUGUUGGUCUGGAGUUAGAGGGAAAAUUAGAUUUCUCUCUGACAUUUGAAGUUGAUGGGGAGUUGAGGUAAGCAAUUUUAAUUUAACCCCAAGAUUACCCCGAAUAAUUCUUUCGGCAAAAGAAAAUAAAAUGAAAUCUGAGAAACUGACGUUGCUGUGGUGGACAGUUUUUCGUUCUUUUCUGCGAUGAAGCCAAUAUAUUUUUUUUAACAUUGAUUCUUGUGUCAUUUUGAGGUCCAAUAUAAUCAGCUUACGAGCAAAAGACGACUUAGCUGAUCGGGAUUAAUUAAUCAUCCUUUUUAUGUUUGUCUACAGAUAUAAAAAAGACCUAAACAUCAUGAAAGAAAAACAGCUCGGUCGUUCAAUUUACAUUCCCGUUGGGCCAAUUAAAAUCCCUGCCGGUAUCUUCUUGGAAAUAACAGGAUAUGCAUCUGCUGGAUUAUCUGUAAGUUGGCGAUGCAAUUCACUAACGUUUUAGUUUAACCACUGGCCUUGAAAACAUCACAGCUCUCUCAUUUAAUGUCUAUUAUUUAAAAUGAUUGUACGCUAUCAUGUAACACUUCAAUGAGUUAACACAAGCAAAUGUAUUUCCUCUAUUGCCUAUUCAGUCGCAGUCGGUGACCCAGUCAGCAAGCUACUCAGUCAGUCAGCUAUUCAGUUUUACUAUUUUUUGGUUGGUUGGUGCGAAAUCAAUGAUGGGAUGUAAUGAUUGCGUCCUACCUGUUUUAGUUGUCUCGAAGAGAUCAAGGAGAACCAAAACACGAACGUGACCCAGCAAGACAACAAAUAUUCAAUAAGUAUAGUACCGUGGCCAAGAAGUUCGCAGCGGCAAUUUAUGCUUUCGAGUAGUUAAGGAAAAUAUCGUCCAUUUACAAAGAGAUUGAAUUAACUCACUGUCUUUUUUUCCCCUAGGGAAAAAUUUCCCGUGAAUUAUCAGUCAAUGGAAGGGUCUCUCUUGGAGGCGAAUGCCGUUGGAGCCGUGGUAGUUGCUACAAAACUGCUGAUACUGUAAGGGAAGAAAAAUUGCAUAGUAAUGUUUCAGUUUCUUCAUCACUCAAGUGUUAGAUGUACUCUAUAAACUUUUUGCCGUUGGACUGGUCCCUACCUGUUGACAAAAUGGCGGCUUGUACCUCUUGCUCUGUGUAAAGGAUUGCAACACUGCUAAUUUUUCACAAAGUUGUUCCAAAUCAACAGAUUUCUGAGCUUUUCCAUGAUUAGCACCGUUAUACGUUGGUGGGUUUUCCGUGAUUAGCACCGUUAUACGUUUGUGGGUUUUUAAUUUAUCACGACCUCAAUCAAGUCAAAACUUAUUUGGAUGAUGUCUUUAAACAUUCGUCUUCUUAAAAUUAUUCUUAUCAAUUAUCCUCUUGCUAAGAAGAUGAAGGCCUACCGUUCUCGCUUUGCAUUUAGGAUAGAAAAAAAAAAUUGAACGCCUCGUCACUGUUCCGCGGCAACUGAGCGCCAACAAGCCUGUGCAACCACGACUCGAUCUCCUCUUCAUCAGCAUCAGCUACCUCGUUCUCGUCUCCUUCUUCCUCUCUUCUUAUAUUUUUUUUCCUUUUUUAUCCAUUUGAGACCAAAUUUUAUCCUUUUUUGACGUAUCACUAAUAUAGGUUACUCUUCGCAAAGACUGGAGAAGCUCAGAUCCGCAAUUGGAAGCUGGAGCAUUCGUCGAGAUUACAGUGAUACCCAAAAUCUCAGUGAAACUGCCAGCGUCUCCAAAAUCGCGAUCAAAAUCAACCAAGUCAUCCUUUUUUAGUUUUUUCGACGAUUUAGGUGAGAUCAAUCAAACAAUUCUUUCGUGCGGCCUACUUCUAUCCAAAUUUAACUAAAGUUCCUGAUUUAUUAGUUUAGGUAAAGUUUACAUCAGGUAAGGUGCAGAUAAGCGAUAGUUGCAUUCGAAUUUUUGUUUUGCUUAUUGGACGCAAAACGCUCUCGCCUUACAUCAACUCAAUCAAUUUUUUUCUUGAGAGUAAUCGGCUCUGCAACUCUUUAGACCAAUCACAAGGCGAACUAAAGCAAAAUCGAUGCAAUUUCGGAAUACCUUUGAUUCCUAUUUGGACAUUGCUCUGUUUUCAAUACUAUGGUUACCUCAACCAUACGUUCUAGUCUUAUAAUGGGGUUUUAUCAUGACCAUUGCAAAUUCCUCAAAUGUUAUUGGUGCAUUUGCAGCCUUAUUUUUCACUAAUCAUUCUGUACAAUUGUAAUUGUAUAGUGCAAUCGGAUAAUUGGCUGUAAUCGGACACCCGUAAUCGGACAUUUAAAGCAGCGAAUCAUACAAGAUCCGCUCAGCUAAAUCCACCAAUCACAGAAUUGAUCGGAAAUCGCAAAGCAACAGCAACUUAUCCAAAAAAAAGGCUGGGAAAUUUCCAAAAUGGAAGAAUAUUUAACUAAAGACAUUAUCUCCUCUGGAGAGAUUUGCUCUGGGUGUAUUUGUUGUUUUCGGAAAUUUAAAUGGUUAUGAUUAAUUGGUAACAGGACUCCUUGUCAUCCAACCUGUGAUUAACAAAUUGGACUCCCGCUUCGCGGUCGUCCGAUUUUGUUUAUCAAUGGUAUGAUUACAGACCGAAUUGGACUCCAUUCGGUCCUAUUGUCAUUAUUAAAAAAGAUAAUUUUGUUUCAGUUGAAGCUAGUUUUGAGUAUGUGGACCUUUCCAUGGCGGUAUUUGUGAGCGUACCACUAGAAGCUGGUCUGGCCAUACGGCUUCCUACGUCUCAAUGCGGUGGGAAUAACCACGCUGAAUUGGAAAGCUCCUACGGAAUUUCCGAUGUAAAUCUCGGUGUCUCGGUUGGAUUUCUUAAAAAGCAUUUGACACUUCAACUUCCUUUGGGAUAUUCUCAGAGUAAACGCUAUUGGUAAAAAAAUUCACGUUUUAUAGAAACAACUUGACUCCUGACAUAUAGAAUAGUGACGCAAAGAAGUAACUGUCAUACACUCACUUUUGUUAAUGAAACUAACUACCUAAAAUGAACGAGCACAAGGAGGCUGUAAAUGAGAAAAAAUGAUAUCCCAUACCCUUGCAAAGAUAAUGAAAAUGCUAAUGAACAAAGUAAGAUCUUCCCUAACUAAUGGAGGUAAAAGAAACAUAUAUUCUAAAGAGAAAAUCACUUCCCUCGUUCUUUUCGCAUAAUGAAAUACAUAAAAACGUGUUUAGAAAAUAGAAACAACAAUAAUGAUAAAGUGAAUUAAGAAAAUUCUGUGUUACUUCUCAGCUUUAGGAAAGAAACCUAGACCCCUUGUUCUGCUCGUAAGUAAGAGAGCGCAAGAACGUAAAUAGGUAGAUACAUGAGUAGAUAAGAAAUCGGACCUUGUAAAGAUAAGUGAAUGGCGGACAUGACUUCCGUUUUUAUUAAACUAUUUAAUCAAUAUUUUACUGUUCUUUCCUAGGGAAUGUAUAUGUCCAGUUAAAAGUGAGAGAGUAAGUUAUUAUAACUAUAACUUAUAUGAGUUAUUGCCAUCUUUUAAAAUUGUACUUUUCAAUUCUAUUCCGCCUGCCUUUUUUUCCUUUGUAGUAAGCGUCCUUCGUGUAACGUUAUUUUGUUAGUUUUAAAUAUAAUUUGCAUCUUCUUUGUAACAGUUAUGUGCGGGACCUCCACCACCGCGACCGAGACCACCCGAGAAUAGAGAUCCAAAACCUGGGAAUGGCAAUCCAACAUCUGGGAAUGGAAAUCCAAAACCUGGGAAUGGCAAUCCAACACCUGGGAAUGGAAAUCCAACACCUGGGAAUGGAAAUCCAACACCUGGGAAUGGCAAUCAAUCACAGAAAAAUAAGAAUGGAUAUAAAGUACUUCCAAAUGGGUAAGAGUGCUGAUUAUUCUUUCACAUAACGUGUUAUAGCCUGUGGGAAGCCUGAAGCUUCAAGCGUGUAAAUAACUUUCCGUUCCCAAAUGCUGCUGUUUGCUUGGUCUUAAAGUGAUUUUUAGCCUCAUAAAGAAAAAAAUGUGCUGAAAUGAUCACGUCACUUCAAAAGAGAUUGGUUGAAGCUUUGCUAGAGAUAUAAUUAGUUGGAAGAAUAUUGCAGCAAUAAUACAACUGACCGGCCAACUGGCCGACCAACCAGUUGGCUGACAGGCUGAAGAAAUGACGGAUUAAUUAACUGAUUGAUUGACUGAUUGACUAGCUGGCUAACUGAAUAACAGAGCCAGCAGCUGAUUGACUUACUGACCGACUGACCGACUGGCCGACGGAUGAAUUCAUGGAUUCAUUAUUGAUUUACUUUCUCGAAAACAGAAAGACCGGAAAAUUUCAAUGUGGAAAAGGACCUAUCUGUUCUGGGGAACGAACAGGCCCUGACUGCGAUCAGCCACAUAGAGGGCUUCUUCGGAGUAUGUAACAGUAAAUGGACCUGCAAACUAUGAACCUAAUUGCAGUAACGUUAUUAUGGAAAAAGCAAAAAGAAACAAAGAAAAACCAAAUUAAAAUCAAUUGGCACAUAGCGUAAGCAUAUGUCAUCAGCAUUACAAUUUGAUUAUUGACAAUAAUUACUCAGCAGGGCCCAGUUGUUUCGAGGGGCGAUUAGCGCUGGCUCAGGCUAUUUAUUUAUUUUUUUAAUUUAUUUUUUAUUUUUCAAUCCAGGUUUCUUUAUUUCUUUUUUCAAAAGCCUGUAAGGAAAAUUUUUCCAUUCAUCUUAGAACAUCCAAUAAUCAAAUUGCAAGCAAAAAGAUUUGAACUAAAUUUCCUUUUGAAGAAUGGCUGCCUUGCGUUUUGUCAAUGUUUUCGAGGAGGUGAUAAGCGCGAUGAAAGAAAAUUAAAUUGCGAAGAGCACAAAACAUGCUACUGAGUUUGGCGGAAGAAUUUUUAAAAGAAGGAUUUAGAUCUCUUUUUUUUGGAAUCACUUGAAAUUUCUAUGACAACUACAUCUCAAAUUCUCAAGAAGUUGGAAGAGCUUCUAAGUUGAAAUUUUGAGAAAAUUGUUCGGCCGACGUGCAAACGGCUACAGGGUAUUUCUGUAUGCUAGCUAAUUCCUGUUCGGCUUUUUUUCCUUUCCGUUUUUGCUUUUUCUUUAUAAUCUUAUUGCAAAUAGAUAUGUGUUAAAUAAGUUUGAAUUCAUGAAGCUAACAUUGUGUCCAAUACUGCUAUUACUGAUAUGAAGAUAAUCGGUGGUGGUGAAGAUAAUCAGGAAAUCAAGAGCCGCAUUUGUUGUAGCUCUAUAAAUCAAAGUUUAAUUUGAAUUUCGAACCCCGUAAGAGCGGGGAAAAACAGGAGCAAAGCAAUUUUUCAAACUUUUUUCAGUUUUAUAACCCUACAAUAGGGGAUUUCUUAUUCCACCUUUAUCUCAUUUUCUGGCAUUCAAACAUUUUGUCUACAAAAUACUUCCCGGCCGUUCUGAGCGUCUUACCGAUCGCAUAAGGUGUGCGCUAAAAACAAAAACAACACAGGCGAAACUACUAAAGCGUUUUUUCUGACCAAUGCAACAAAAAAACUCUGGUACACUUACAAGUUCCUUUCUUAAAAAGUUGAGCCUAAAAGCCGAAAAAAGCAAGUUUUCGAUCAUUCAGCGCGGCCAGAGUAAUACUCUGGCGUAUUUUGCGCGUCCCUUUCCCCUAAUCAUGACAAUGUGGCGAGGUAGUGAAAUAACAAACGUAUUUAUGUAUAUUUUAGUACUCUCGAAAUAUAUCACUGCAAUGAUCUUUCUUUUGGCAAAGUCAUGAUAAUUCGCUUUACAGAUUGUUCAGGUAACGGAGAUCCUAUCAUAGCCCCAAAGUGUGAAGCGGAGUGUAACUGUUCAGGAGGAUGGGAGGGAGAAUUUUGUGAGCGCUUAAUUGCAAAUGGUGGAGGUGACCCACAUCUGGAAACAUUAGAUGGUAAGUAGAGAAGAAAAACAGAUUCUACAUUCACUCAUUUUCGAGCGAGAGAUAAAGAGAAAUUUAAAAACCCUGAAAGAGGUCCAACAAUUUGUCCAAACGAUAGAUUUCAGACAAUCCUUUGUGUUUUCGUUUAUAAAUGAGAGCUUUAUUUCAGGGUUUGUGUAAUGUUUAUGACGGCAAUUUUGAUUUUUGCCUUCUUCGCUAGGUGUUAAUUUUGACUUUUUUGGAAUUGGAGAGUUCUGGGGUUGCAAGAGUGUUAAAAACGAUUUUGGUCUUCAGUUCCGUUUUUAUUAUUACGAGCGAGCUUCGCUUAUUGGUGGAAUUGCACUCAAAGCUGGGAGAAGUGUUGUUACGAUUAUGACGAUCAAGACUGAAAGAGUUCAAGACUUGCCCAUUACAAGGUUUGGUUUAUGCUUCUUAAUCAAUAAACAAAGCAUUUCCAUAAUAGAGGCUAUAGCCAGGGUGAUUGGGAUCUUCAAGUACUUACUUGUUCAGAUACAACCUAUUGCGAUGUUGACUCACUAACCCUAAUAAGGAGAUGCAAUUCACCUUGAUUGAACAAGUAUCAUUCAAGAACUUUUUAUGACUGACCCUGAUUUCUCAACAGAAUCGAUGGAGUGGAAAUGAAUGCCACCAGUAAUUUGUCAGAACCUAUUGAAAUAAGUAAUGGCACAGUGUUAUUGGAUCAUCAAAGACGUUUUUCUUUUGAGGCUGAGGAGAACAGCGUCGUUUUAAUUUCACUUCAGUAUGAUGCAGGCAAGUCCUUAAAAGAUAUUUCAAGUAAUUUCCUUUUUGCCCAAGUCAUUCAUAAGAUCAGUAGGUAUGAAUACUAACCGGCUGGACUUUUAUCCAGAAAUAAACAAUGCUUUUAGUUCCUCAAAUUGCCCCAAAUAGGAAAUGGUCUUACGCGAAUAAAUUUCCAAGGGAUGCUCUUCGUCCAUCAUGUUGGGCCAUAAUUGGAAGGUUUUCGUUAAGUAUAUCUGUUUGUUUUGUUUGCUUGUUUAUUGGUUUAUCUGGCCUUUCACUGGUGAGAGAAGGAAAACCUACGGUCCAACCCCGAGAAAAAUCCUCCAAGCCAGUACAGGAACUUUAUCACUUAACCCUUUAACUCUCAAGAUCUCAUUAGCAAUUCUCCUUACUGUCUGCCAAACGAUUCUCAUUAUGUUAGUUUAGAGAAUUUGGUAUCAGAUCAACUAGUAAUCCCAUAGUUGAUGUUUGCCUUUAUUCUUAUCACUUUUCUGCAUGAUAUUGUAUAGAUAUAAUAAAGAGAAAUUCUGUUUUGGUCACUCACGGGAGUUAAAGGGUUGAAGAGUUUGACUUUAAUGAGAUGUCCAAGCUGAGAAGAAAUGUCAGCAAAUCAAUCAAUAGGACGCGGGUGAACUAGCCCGAGACGUUAACGAAAUGAACUGAGAAGUUAACGAAGUGGUCGAGGGCGAAACCACGCUUAGGCGAAAUGGUUAGUUAUUGCUAGACGGUAAGUGACUCCGGUCUCGAAUGUCGAAGGUCAGAGAAGAAAGCCCUCGUUACUGUAGUAUACCAGCUUCGCCACAUUUCGUUACGUCUAAGAUAUGACUUUUUUAACUUCUCUCAGGUGUAACAGUAACCAUCGACGUUCGUCAUAGUCGAGUUAUGAAGAGACAAUAUUUGAAUAUUCUCUAUUCGCCAACUGCUGCUUACAAAGGCCACACUGAAGGACUGUGCGGCUUCAUGGAUAACAAUGCCACUAACGAUUUCAUGGGAAGCGACGGAACUCUUUAUGAUGACGCCGUUCAAUUUGCCGAAUCAUGUAAGCAAAGCUUAUCACAAAGUUUGAUCUAGAUGUUACCCCAAUAUUUUUAGUUGAAAAAUUUAUUGGCAUUGAAAAUAUUCUUAAAAUACAACAAAAUUUUAAGGUAAAUACAUAUUAGUAACCUCGUCUUUUAGGUCUGUGCAGUAGGUCACAGACUAGAACGGAAAAAUAAGUAUCUUUAACUUACAGUACGCACUGAAUAAACACGUUGUUAACAGGAUAUUCUUAUCUCUACUUUGCGUUUGGUAGAUUAGAGAAGAGUUGCUUGUCAAGAGGGACAGCUGCAGACAACUUUUGAGUGCUAGAAGCAAAAUGAGUCAUUUUGAAAUCAUUUCUUUAGUCGUUGGAAAAUUUUAGCACGUACUUAAAAGAAAAAAAAAGGAUUAAAGUCCAAUUUUUCAAACAAAGACAUCAAUCUAGGCGGGCCUUGUAACUGAGCGAAGUUGUAGAAUGAUGCAGGUGGACACCAAAACUUUAAAGAAAUUGAAGAAUAAGCUGAACGAGGAUGUUUUAAAUAACAGCAGCUGCGUUAUCCGAUGUAACCUUGCUCUGGUUUUUUAACUACGAUAAAUGGGGUAGUCUUCGGCUGGCAAAAUAAGACAAUACCCUGAUAAUCUCUUUGUUUCCAGUAUGAUAAGCAAUGUACAUAAUGACGAACUGUAUCAACCUACAUACCGAUGAAACUGUUUCUUUCAUUUAAAAGGGAGGAUCACAGAUUGUCACGAUGGCUCAGGCACGAAGGACUCUUGGUCAUGGAAGUCAUCAAACUUUUAUCACGAUGACAUAAUGGACAUAACGUACACAGAUCCCACAUACAUACCUAUGUAUUCACUAGACGGAAUUUCUCAGUCUCUACUACAGGUUAAUAAACUCACGUGCAUAAAUCAAAGCCAUAACUUAGAUCUGUUAUGUGAUUGGUCAUUUAGCAACACCAUCUGAGCAAUAAUAGGACUAUGUUGCUGCAUUGCUUUUAUUUGGACAGUGUGAUUGGUUAGUCUAUGCCUUCUGCAUGUGUUAUUGGACAGAACGCUUCAAUUCCUCAUUUUUCACUUGUAUGAUCACAGACCAAAUUGGAUUCCGCGCGGUUUAUCUGCCAUUAUUGAAAAAGGGGAAACUCGACUGCAACAAAAAAAAAAAUAAAUAAAUAAACCCUGCUUCUUUGAACAACCCUGUGGCAUACAAUCUGAUCGCUGUUAUGAAGAACGCACAUAAAAAAGCAAAACAAAACAAAAAGCAGAAAUUAGAAACAAAACUAUCACGUCUGGCCACGAUUUAAAAAGAAUGUAGUGAGUCUCCUUUAGCUUGGUGUCCUUUUGAUUACCUUAAUUUGAGAUGAGCAUCCAGGCGCUUGUUUAAAGACUCAAGAUGAUUGAGAUAAACUUCUUAAUUUGAGAUAGGAUUUAUUAUGACUCUUUUUUGUUAUUCAUCUUUAACGUAGAUUGCAACAAGCAUGUGCCAAUCUUUAAACAUUUCUGAUAACGAUUUACAAAGCUGCAUAUUCGAUGUCGCCAUUACCAACGACACGACAUUUACUGAUCAGGAAACUUUUAAACGAGGUAAGCUUUAUUAACGAGUUUUUGUAAAGAUGAUUUCCAAGUUCGUUUUUCUAUAAAGAGUAAAGGACAUUUGGUGUUUCAAUUUAUAUCAAAAUGUUACUCCUUACCAUCCAAAAAUACAAAUAUUAGAUGAAAAUUACCUCGAGGAUAUUGUCAUUGAUAAAAAGUUGUAUUAAACAUAACAACCUGAAAGUUUAAGAGUGCGCAAUAGGAAAUUUUCAAAGUAACAGUAUGAAAAGGCUGGAGCGCUAACUUGCUGGCCUCAACAUGCUUACGAGAUCUGAUUCUUUAAAGCUAAUAUUUCAAAUGGCUUUUAAUAAUUCAUUCAAGAAAUUCGAUUUCUCUGUUUAAGACUGUCCAGACCAAUGCUCAGGUAAAGGGAGAUGUAUCAAUGGAACAUGUAAAUGUAUCGAAGGUUGGACUGGGAAGAGUUGUGACAGAGGUAUUGGUUAUUUUCAGUUUGAAUCCUAACAACAGGUGUUAGAUAGACAAAGCGGACGCCUGGAUCUCUCUGCUAGAAUUCUUUAGUAAAUUUUAUUUCACUGUAUUCCGUAUAAGACAUACUAUCAUACCCAAUAUAAAGGCUCGCUUAACUUUGUUGUGCGUGUGUGUUUUCUGCUUCGUUUUUGUGUUGUUGAGACUUUUUCUGUUUUCGGAGCUUCUCAGCUAGUUCAAUUUUCAUUCUGAAUUUUAACAUAGCACAAUUGGGUUUUUCAAUGUUGCCAUCUGGCGUCUUCACAAAAAAAACCGUACCUCUUCGACCCUAACGUUGUCAUCGUAAUUUUCUUUUCCUCAGGCUCUUGUCUGAACUGUUCAACCAUCCAUGGCGAGUGUGUUAAAGGAUUUUGUGUCUGUGACCUGGGCUGGGAAGGACGAAGCUGUGAACUGGAAGGUUAUGCCGUUCAUGGUCAUCUUCCAAAUAAAAUAGAGUAUAUUUAUUUUGUUCGAAGAUCUCCUUAUAUUGACACCAGGAAACUCUUUUAAGCUGCUAAAUGGAUGUUCUCAAAGACAUUAUGAAUGAGCUUGUUUGAGAUUGUUUGAGCAGGCUGGAUUUUCUCUUUUCCUCAGGAAAAGUUGAUCUAAUUUUGCAACUGGCAUCGAGUUUGAAACGAUUGAAAAAGAAAGAAGGGCGCUUGCUUCUAGAGGUUGAGAACUGAUUUCAUUUGCCGAAAGUAGUGCCCUUUGUGAUGAUUUUUCAACGACGCGCCUUUAUAUCACACCAAAAUACUAACGUUUAUAAAUUAUUGUGAUCUACAGCCACUUGCUUUGGAGUUAACAACUGUACUAGCCCUGAACACGGCAGUUGUAAAACGACAGAUGUUUGCCAGUGUAAUCCCGGCUAUAUAGGUCAGUUACAUGGAUCUUCUUGUGGCUGUUUGUUGUUGAUGUUAUUAUAAACGCAAGCUAAAUUACUUAAAAAAAAAAAAAAGAUCAAUGGUAACCAGUGAUAUUGUAAGUUCUCGGUCAGCGGAGAUCAACGAAUGAGAAGGCGUGAAAAAUCGGUGGGGGUCUGCGGAGGAGUGUUUCAUUUCAGUUGCUGUAAUCGUGAAAACCAAAAAGACUGAAGAUGAAUCGGUGGCAGCUUGCACCUUGGCCCGUGGUUGGUGGAGAGCGAAGGCGAACUAUUAGUCACAGUGGACGAGCGGAGGGGAUAAUUAGGGCGUAAUUUAUUUAAGAGAUUAUAGUGUAGCAAGUUAAAAAGUAGACCGGUGAUGGCUUUUUAUUAUAAUCAGCCAUACCAAGAAAAGAUGAGAUUGAUCAAUUAUUCAAUCCAUGCACUUUUGCUUUUAAUUGUUCUCAGCAGAAAUCUUAAUCUAAAGUUCGUACUCUACAUAGCUGCCUUGUGCUUAUAAAAAUAAUAUCAGCCCGUUAUAUCGCCCGAAACAAUUCUUGUUCUUAAAACAGGUGCAUUUCUCGUAUUUCCAGGUACUGACUGCAGUAUUGUUCCUACUUGUUACGAUGUAUCAAACUGUUCUGGCAAUGGAAUCUGUGUGGAUUUCGAUGUAUGCAAAUGUAAUACGGGAUGGACUGGAAGCAAUUGUGCUCAAUACUCUUGCGAACGAUUGAAUUAUUGUUCUGGUGAGUUAUCUCGGGAUAUCAUAUUCAUAGUCUACGAAGAGACGUAUUCCCGACUUUCCUUCCUUCCCUCAUUGCUUCUUUUUGUUUGUCCUUUAUAACAUUCUCCUGGUCCUAUGUUAGUAUUAAUGUUUUCGUGUCCUUUCUCUCCCCCUUGCUGUUGAUAAGAACACGGUAGCUGCGUGGCAUUUGACAAAUGCACCUGUGAUUAUGGCUGGACCGGAGUAAGCUGCGCCCUUCCUGACUGUGAAGCUGUCAAUCAAUGUUCAAAUAAAGGAGAGUGCAUUUCCAGCGACAAAUGUCGCUGCCUUCCGGGGUUUAUUGGAGCGGAUUGCGGUCAGAUGGCGGACUGUAGUCAUCUUGCAAACUGCAGUGGCCAAGGCGUUUGCGUUUCCACCCAGAUGCUGAAUGUGUCUUGCAGUUGCUAUCUAGGUUUUACUGGAGAGAACUGCAGUCAGCCAUCUUGCACAACCGUGAAUAAUUGUUCUGCCCAUGGUGCGUGCGUGGAAGCCGAGUUCUGUAAAUGUGACUUUGGAUACAUUGGAACUGACUGCAGUAACUUUUCUUGUGAGGCUGUCAACUAUUGCUCCGGCAAGUGCAUUGGUUUAAAAUUGUUUUGUGAAUAAUCUUUUCCUAAGUCGCAACUCUUGUGGACACAUCAUACUAGCGAGGAGAACAUUAUUAUUGUUAACAAAAAAUGACAUAUCAUUUCCCUUCCAGUGUCUGAGAAAAAUGGUUACAGAGAGUUUCAAUGUCUUUGAGUGGUCGAAAUUGUGGGGUACUUUCAUGUAGAGGUGUUUUACUCACAACGAUCCGAGCUCACAAUCCUGUCUCUAUGAUAAAGAUCUUGACGUUCUCCCCGACAACUUUCAUUCCCGAAUUAUUUGUAGCUGUAGCUUCUAUAACAAAGCGAUACGGUAAGACAAGGCUAACAAACGAUGUUCUUUUUUUUCUCGCUGCAGGAAAUGGAAAAUGUGUUGGUUACGACCUCUGCCUUUGCAAUUCCUCCUGGUCGGGUCGCGCAUGCAGUGUUCCUGAUUGCAGUGCUGUAAAAAAUUGUUCUGGCCAAGGAGAUUGUAUACUAGCCAACGUUUGUUCUUGUUAUCCAGCUUUUGAUGGCGAAUACUGCGACCAGAAGGCAAAACCAAACAUCAAUCCUCCAAGAUUUAACAAAACAUUUUAUAACGCGGCCAUUAUGGAAAAUUCUCCUGUAGGAACAGUGAUUUUACAAGUAAAAGCCAACGAUACAGAUUUAGGAAGAAACGGUCAGAUAUUUUAUGCCAUACUUGGUGAUGAUAACGUAGAAAGUAUUCUUACCGUUGGUGGACAAUCUGGAAAAGUUUACAACGUAAAGACGCUGGAUUUUGAGACAAUCGAGAUGAAAUCAUUCAACGUGACCAUGGUUGCUGCAGAUAAUGGAUAUCCACAGAAAUCUGGAAUCGCCACCGUACAGAUAACAAUAGUGGAUGAAAAUGACAAUUGUCCAACCUUCAUCGAGCCACCAGGAGAUCUAAAACUAGAAUUCCUUACACUCAAUUCCGGAGAUACCGUAACCAAAGUUUCUGCAAUUGACUUGGAUAGUGGAGUAAACAGCGACAUAACUUAUAGCCUAUCCAAAAAUGAAGCGUUCUCUAUUGAUAACAAAACUGGUGUGGUUACUGUGGUGUCCGACUUGACAGAGAAAGUUCAUCGUCUCAUUGUUAGUGCAAGUGACAACGGGGACGUUUCUUGCAUAACAGACAUCAGUUUGACUGUUGAAAUCGGCGUCUCCCCAACAACAAAGCCCCGCACUACACCUACCACUCCCUUCACGAACAGGAAACCUGAAACCUCCAGUACAUCUACCAUUCCUGAGACUACGGCGUUCACAGGUCAGUUUGUUUCCAUUUGUAGAUGACAAGAACAUUAUCAAAGCGCUUUUAUUGGCUGAAUAGUUAAAUAACAACCUCAAACCAAAGAAAAUAAUUGAUCAAAGUGGUUACAAGGGUGAUGAACUAAUAUGGAGCAAAGAUGAACAAACGACAAUAUUCAUUCAAUUAAAAAUGAAAAACUUGAAAAAUUUACUUUAAACUUUUCGUAAUGCAUGAACCACGAUUUAAUCUCUUUAACAAUUAGAAAUAACUAUUUUACAUUUCAAGAUGCACAAAACACGAUUUGACCUCAUUAACAAACAGAAUUAACUAUUUUACAUUUAUCACUGAAAUUAAAGAUGGGGUCCACUCGCUUACCGAUUCGAUUUUGCAAUUGAAUUAGUACUGGAGAAACCUUCAAAAGAUCAUAGAGAGAUUGAAAAGAGUUAACGUAAACGUUAUGUACAUUUAAAGUGCAAACAAGUUACCAAUUGUUAUAACAAAUUCAGAAAGUUUUUAACUACUUUAACAUCAUUUGUAUUAAAAAAACGUAGUAACAACUCAUUAAUGAAUAAAAUAAACCGUGGUAUGGAAACCCGCACCUCGCAUGCUUGACGUAAACAGAUCCGAAUCCUUCAUCAAGCGGAUAAGUAAAAAGAAUGAAGUAGCCGGAAUUCAUUUCAUGUCGUUUGAGUCCAAAUUUGAAAAAUAUUCUUUAUUCUUUCUUUUUGGACGAAGAAGCGACCACUUCGCAUGUACCAACAGAGGCAGGCGCGGAUCCCCAGGAAGGUCCAAAUUAUGUAAUAAUUGGUGGGUCUGCAGCUGGAGGAGUGCUGCUUCUUUUGAUUGCAGUAGUGGUGAUCAGAAAAUGUCUUUGCAGAGACGGCACAUCUUCAGAAACUACGGGGAGAUGGAAUGCUGGUAUGGAUUUUGAGAUGUCUUGGAGGAAGUGAGAACAUGUUAUAUCUGAUGACAGAUUUCAAAAUGAAAGUUUGCAUUAGAGAGAAAAAAACCUGAGACAACUUCUUGGGUUACCUGUGGUCUCAGUCCUUUACUCGUAUACACAGUAGUAAAGAGAAGCUUUUUUUAUACAAGCUCACUUACGGAGUUGAUAGAAUUAGUAUCAAUAUCAGUCAGUGACAAACAAAACAUAAGCGUUGCAACGUUAGUGGUAUCAAGAGAUUACAACUCUCACUUAAACCUAGUAUAUCGCUGUUAUAUAGUGAUUAUCAGUAGUAACGGAAGUAGCAGUGGUAAUACCGGUAACAGUAGAAGUGAUAUGACUUUCAUAUAUUCUUAACCGCCAGUAGAAGUGAUUGUAGCGAUGUAAGAAGCAGUAUGCUGUAGGAGUGGUGUUAACAGGGGCAGUAGCAG